AUGGAUGGAGACAAGAGAGAUAGUGUAAUUAAGUGCACGAUUUGGGAUUUUGUGGCAAGUGUGUCAGCCAUAAAUGGCCUGGUUUGCUUUGCUCUCGGCGACGUCUACAAAAAGUCAUUUGGAAAGUUGGGUAUGGGCGGUCUCGUUAUUUAUCUGUCUGUCGGAUUAAUUGUGUGUAUGCUCAUAUGGCUAACCCGGAAAAUUAAAGUUGAAGAAGGAUUCCAAGUUCCUGUGCUCUCUCUGGUGUUUGGUCUAACAUGUUUAGCCUCCACCAUCCUUGACAUGCUUGGGAGUGGAAAAGCAGAUGUGUUUAGCAUUAUCUCGUAUGGUUCAUUUGCCUUGAUGUCCUUAUCCGUGUCGAGGAAGUCUGAGCUUGGAUUCGAAACUGGCUUCUCCUCUUUUUUCCUGUCAUUGUUUGCCUCACAAUUUCCAAAAAUCAACCGGCUGCUCACACCGAUUGCAAUAGUCCUCUGCUCGGUCACCUUUUAUAUUUUCCGCUCAACACAAAGAGGAGGAGGACAGCAUGAUUCCACCAAUCCAAAUAACGAUGCACAUUUAAGAGGCGUAGAGCAGCAAUCAUCGAGCGAUCGUAUCCCUGAAACAGACCUCAGACAAGAGCUAUUUAGAAGGGCGCGCUUCUCUAGAACACUACCAUCUACAAGUUCUAGCAAAUAUUCAGUCGAAACCUUUGAGCAUUCCAUCGGGCAAGUGAAGAUGGCGGAACCAAAGCAAUCCUUGGGCGAUCAUAAACGACAUACCAAUGUGGAGCAAUCCUCAGGCGAUCAUAAAGAACGUACCAAUGUGGAGGAAUCCUCAGGCGAUCGUAUUUUUUCAGAAAAAGAAGAACAGACCAAGGAACCCUCAAGCCAUGAUAGUUCUUUAAAAGAAGCACGGAUCGACAUGAUGGUAGGAGAUCAAAUUUAA